AUUUGCCCUCCAGGAAGAACGGGCAGGGCUUCAGGGACUUGUGCGUGGGGUAGAGGUAGAGCACGCGCACGCGGGCCGGGCCGCCCUCCGCCUCCUCGGUGCCCACCACCAUGGCGUUGUGGUACUCCAGCGUGCCCCACGCGCUGUGGUAGGGGGCGUUCACCUUGGCGCCGCUCAGCUCCCCCGGGUCCGCCUCGGCGCGCCCGGGCUGCGCGGGGCCCGGCCCCGCCUCUGCCUCCGGGGCCGUCUCCGGGCCGGCGGGCGCCCCCGCGGCCUCGGCGUCCAGCGCGGCCAGCAGCUUGCUCUUGCGGACCGACGCCAGGCUGGCCUCGGUGAGCCCGAUCAGCUCGCGCAGGUCGGCCUGCAGCUGGCGCAGGUCGGCCUGCUCGGCCGCCUCCAGGCCGGCCCCCAGCGCCAGCUCCACCUGCCGCAGCUGGGCGCGGUAGGUCUGCAGGGCCGCCUCCAGGCUCUCCUCGUCCAUCCCGACGGCCGCGCGGGUCCCGGGCGCGGGCAGGGGCGCCGGCUCGGCCGCUCGCCCGUAACGGCGAGCUCGCUCAGGCGCGCGGCGGCCGCCCCGCCGCCGUCAAGGCCCCGCCGGCCGGGACGCCAGAGCGGCUGCGCCCGCUUCCCCGCCACCCCGCCGCCGGCACUUCCGCCCGAGCGCCGCCGCCGCCGGAAGUGCCCGCGCGCGGGGGCCGCCGGGACGCGACUUCGUCCCCGUGCCGGCCCGCCUCCCGUCAGGCGCCUCGCGGGGUCAGCGCGGGGUUGGCGGGGUCAGGAGCCCGGCGACGGAGGCUCCGAGGUCCCGGCGGCCGCAGGGCAGGAUGUACACACUGCUGUCCGGGCUCUACAAGUACAUGUUCCAGAAGGAUGAGUACUGCAUCCUGAUCCUGGGCCUGGACAACGCCGGGAAGACGACCUUCCUGGAGCAGUCGAAAACCCGGUUUAACAAGCAGUACAAGGGCAUGAGUCUAUCUAAAAUCACUACCACCGUGGGUCUAAACAUCGGCACUGUAGACGUGGGAAAGGCUCGCCUCAUGUUCUGGGACUUAGGGGGACAGGAAGAGCUGCAAUCCUUGUGGGACAAGGGCAAUCCCUAUUGGGCUCAGCCCUGCUGUCUCUGUCAUGCUGGGCCUGUGGUGGUGGCUCCAUCAACCUUGGUGAGUGAAGCCCAUCCCAUUAGGCCUCUGCUCUGCCACCGUGGUCACUGCUUCUCCCUCGUCCAGGACUGCAUCACUACAGUGGAUAGCCAAGUCACUUUGUUCCCAGCAGCUGCUCUGGUGGACCUUACGGCAUCAAGGCCUCUAUUUCCUGUGCCUGCUUCUUCGCUGCUUGCUUCUGCUCCAGGCCCUGUGUCCAUGCUGUCCACAGGUGGACACACAUCAUCUCAGGUCACAACUUCUCACACAGGCAGGCAGCUGCUGUUCAGCUCUGGUCUGUCCUUAUGUGUCUGGCUGACCCAUGCUUGGUUGUUUCCCUUUCUGGCCCAUUCCCUACAUGGCCAGAAGUGUAUCACAUCUGUUGGAGAGUUGACAUGCCACUCCCGUCUCACUGGCCACCUCUGUGCCAUUCACUUUGUGCCUGAUAGGUGUUUGGGGUUGUCCUGAGUUCCAAGGUCUGCCACCAGUCAUCCUGACCCUGCCUUGCUUAUGCAUCGCAGGUGCCACUGGGACUCAUUGGGCUAGUACAGACCCUCUGGUAGGACCUGCCAGCUCCUGGGUCUGUUGCAAAAGGCUAACCCAUCGCCCAGCCCUCAUGGAGCUGGCAGUCUGUGUGUCAGGCCCAGCUCCAGGCCAGAGCGGCUUCCUUGUGUGGGUCUUGCUGUAGAACCCAGGAGGACAUCUGGUACGCGGCCUCCUGCUUUUCAGGAGCAGUAGCUUAUCUGUUCCUGAACCUGAGACUCUAAGGCUCUUGCAGAGCUAGCAGGCUGCUCCUUCCCCAGUUGUUGCCCACCUGAGGGGUGCCUGUGACCCCUGGCUCGUCCUGCCCUUCAGGAGCACAUCCUGGUACUCGUCAAUGUCGAUUACUGUUGUGGUGGGACAGGAGAGUUGGUACAGCCCUGGGGUGAGCUGGCAAGCAUGCUGUGUCUGUGCCAUAAGGACAGGGCAGUCUCCCAUUCUUUUCUGCUUCGGGGGAAAAUGCAUCUGCUAAAUCCUUGGCUUGAAUCCUUGGUUGUUGCAAUGCAGACCUGCACCUCCAGUGCCUGCUAUGCCCAUCUGUCUUGCCCCAGCAGUGCUGCCCACUGGUCACCCUGUUGGUGAACUCAGGACUGGCUAUGUCCAGCCUGUAGAGGUCUGAACUCAGUAGGGCUGACUGUCCUGGCAGGGGCAGGGCAGCCUUGCAGGUGCCUCUGGCUCAGCAGCAGGGUGCCUGUGUCUCCUGCGUCCCCAUUGCCGUGCUCCCCCUCCCCCUCA